AUGGUUGACUUUUCUUUGAAGAAGGCCAGAAACAAUUGGAAAAAUGCAAAAAAAUCUGCAAAUUCUCCUGCAAAGCAAAAGGCACCUCCAUCGCCUGCCAAGCCCAAGCAAAAAACGAAAAAAAAUCCAUACAGUGAUCUCAAGGAUCCUGCCACCAGCUAUACGUUGCCAACCAUUGAUGCUAGGGAGAGAAACAGGGUAGCAACUUCAAUGCAAAGAAGGCUAUCAAUUCAUAAUACAAACUAUGCUCCACCAACUCUAGAUUACUCAAUGCCCUUGCCUGAUAUGACAAGUAUGGCAAUAAUAAAUGACAACAUGGAGGGCAGCCAUAAUAAUAGCAGCUUGACGACAGAGAACGAAUCACUAAGUUCCAAAGGUCUUCAAAAUAGUUUAAAUCCGCCCGUUGCUGAUAGCUCUAUGAACGAGAACGUAUAUAACAAGUUACCUGCUAGAUCGGCAAUGAGAAAUACUAUGAUGGUCUCCAACAGUAACGAUCUUUUCCAAAAUAGCAUGUCGCUAAGGAAAGUGUUGGCAAAUCCGCGUUUUAAUGCCAAAGAUUUCGUACAUGAUAAACUGAGUAAUGCAAGUGCCAUUACUAUCGACAAAUUUACCUCAAAUUUAACCGAUUUAUCCAUACAAGUUCAAGAAGAGGUAAAGUUAAACAUCAAUAAAUCUUACAACGAAAUCAUGACUGUGAACAAUGACUUAAAUGUUGCCAUGUUGGAGUUGAAAAGGGUUAGAGAAAAUAUAAAUGACCUAAACGAGACUUUGGACCAGUUCACAAAAAUAGCAGCAAAGAGGCUCCAAUUACAAAACCAAAUUAACAAGGAGAGGCAAGAUGAUGCUAAUAAUGUGGAAAGUCAUAGCCCAGAGUUACUACCACCUUUGAAAGCAGGACAGAAUGAAAAAACCAGGAGGAGAGAUAGAUCAAGCGUUUUCAUAUUAGAAAAAUUUUGGGAUACAGAAUUAGAUCAAUUAUUCAAAAACGUCGAAGGUGCUCAGAAAUUUGUCAAUUCCACAAAGGGAAGACACAUCUUAAUGAACAGCGCGAAUUGGAUGGAAUUGAAUACAACCACCGGUAAACCUUUACAAAUGGUACAAAUUUUUAUCUUGAAUGAUUUAGUUCUUAUUGCCGACAAAUCAAGGGACAAACAGAAUGACUUUACAGUAAGCCAAUGCUAUCCUCUAAAAGACGUUACCGUGACACGUGAGGAAUUUUCCAGUAAAAGGCUUCUUUUCAAAUUUAGCAAUUCGAAUUCGAGCUUAUAUGAAUGCCGGGAAGCGGACGAAUGCGCUAAAAUGUUGGAUGUUAUAAGGAAGGCUAAGGAUGAUUUAUGUGACAUUUUUCAUGUUGAAGAAGAGAAUUCUAAACGUAUCAGAGAAUCGUUUAGAUACUUGCAGUCUACACAACAGACACCUGGUAGAGAAAAUAAUAGAAGCCCUAAAAAGAAUCAAAGACGUAGUAUGGGUGGUUCAAUCACUCCUGGUAGGAAUAUAACAGGUGCGAUGGACCAAUAUCUUUUGCAAAACCUGACAUUAUCAAUGCAUUCGAGACCAAGAUCYAGAGAUAUGAGUUCAUCUGCUCAUAGGCUUAGAUUUCUGGAUGAAGGGGUAGAAGAGAUCGACAUUGAAUUAGCUAGGCUCAGAUUUGAAACUGCUGUAGAUGUGUUAUUGGAUAUUGAAUCACAAUUGCAAGACCUCGCAGAAAAAAUCUCCGACGAAGAACUAAUGCUACAUAACUUGAUAUCCCUGAAAAUAGAACAGAGACGAGAAGCAAUUGCCAGCAAGCUUUCUCAGAGUAUUCUGUCGUCUAACGAAAUAAUGCGCUUGAAAAGCGGUACCGAGAAUAUGAUCAAAUUGGGAUUACCAGAGCAAGCCCUUGAUCUUUUCUUACAAAACAGAUCCAGCUUGAUCCAAGAUUUGAUUUUACAGAUUGGGUCGGUGGAUAAUCCCACCAACUAUUUGACUCAGCUAGCUGUUAUUAGGUUCCAAACUAUAAAAAAAACGGUAGAGGACUUCCAGGACAUUUUCAAAAGGCUCAGCGGUAAAAUCUCUUCAAUCCUCGUGGAUUGGUGCAGUGUUGAAGUAGACAAGCACUUCAAAUUGAUAGAUAAGCAACUACUGAACGACGAAAUGCUAUCGCCAAGUUCUAUAAAGUCAUCCAGAAAACAGAUAGAUGGGCUGAAGGCUGUAGGGCUCGAUUUCGUCUACAAACUGGACGAAUUCAUCAAGAGGAACAGUGAUAAAAUCCGCUAA